GAUUGGCAUCCCUUUGCCUGAAUUAGGAUCGUCGAAGGUGAAUAUCAACUCGUUGAUGGGGAUGGUGCUCGGUCGGCGCGUGCUGAGGACUCGGAAUGGCUACAUUGGAUUGGCACCCCCUGGAGCCCAGAAAGGGGACCAGGUUGUGCUCCUUGAGGGAGGCCGUGUGCCGUACCUGUUGCGUAAGGUAGAUGAUGAAUCCUAUAAACUCGUUGGCGAAUGCUAUGUGCAUGGGAUCAUGUAUGGUGAAGCUUUCGAUGAGAAAAGGUGCCGUGAUAUCAUGCUUGUUUGAG